CACGUGGCUCACCUGGCCCAGGUGAGGCGGGGCCGGGCGCCGUUCGCUCGCUCGCAGGAAACCCUGUCCUCUGAACAAUGAAGAUCUUAGACCCCGGCUAACUCAUAGAUGCGCAAACACUCCGUGAGUCCCUCCUCGUUCUUCUGAAGCAGAUGCUCAGGUUCUUUAGGAGGAUCUUCACCCUUCGCACCUGGUACCUGCGUGAGACCAGAGAAAGCUCCCCCCCAUCUCGUGCCUGAGCAGUGAGCCAUGCUGGGCCGGAAAACAGGACUCCCCCACGAGCUGAACAGCCACCGCCAGCUGAACCAGUCCUACCAGGAGGCUGUGCCCCUGCGGACCAGGGCAUCCAAGGAGGCAGAUGUCAGUUUGGAGGUGUUCAGUGGCUCUACACCCGAAAUCAAACAGGGCCGCAGCAGAGCCCAGCAGAUGCGGGAUAGGAAAGGUCGCAAAGCUGAUCUCAAAGACUCCAAUGGGAGAGAGGCAGAAACAAUUACCUUUAUUUCUGGUACAGCAGAGGCUCCCCCAAACCAGAGCUUUUGCUGUUCCUCUCUGUCUCAGGCCUGGAACACAUACAAGGCUGUUUUCUGUUGUAUAGUGACCUGUGGGGGCUGCUUUCAGGACUGCAGUGUCUGUGUCCCCUAUCCAGGGCCCACUGAGACCUCCACUGAUGAUGGAAAGAAUGGAGAUUAUAAUGGGCGACUGCCAAACAGCCCUGCCAACGUCUCUCCCACUGAGAAAAAUGGCAACCAGAUCAAAAAGUCCAGCAUGGGUAGCAGUUUCAGUUACCCAGAUGUGAAACUGAAGGGCAUUCCUGUCUAUCAAAACAGGAGCCCCAGCCACCACCUGGAAUCAGAUUCAUGCUGCAAAGAGCUGCUGCCAGAGAAGCCCUUCAGGAACAGCAUAGAAAAGCCACCCCUCCCCAGCAGCCACCGGAGUUCGGAGGAGUAUUAUUCCUUCCAUGAGUCUGACCUGGACAUCAGCGAGCUGAAUGGCUCCAUGUCCAGCAGGGAGAUUGAUGUCCUGAUCUUCAAGAAGCUGACAGAGCUCUUCAGCGUCCACCAGAUCGAUGAGCUGGCCAAGUGCACAUCAGACACUGUCUUCCUGGAGAAGACCAACAAGAUCUCGGACCUCAUCAAUAGCAUAACUCAGGACUACAACCUGGAUGAGCAGGAUGCUGAAUGCAGGCUGGUCCGAGGCAUCAUUCGCAUCAGCACCCGGAAAAGCAGAGUCCGGCCCCAUAUCUCUAUCCCAGCCAGCCAGAGCCACGAGGAGAAGUCCAGCAGAGGCAAUGCACCAGACAGCGGGAAUGAAACCAUGCUGGAGUCCAAUGUCAUCAGCCAGGAUGAUCUGGACGUGCAGAUAUCCGAAGAAACAUCAGCAGAUGUGAUAGCCAGGAACAUGAGGCGACACAGCAGUGCAGGCUCUCCAACAAGCAGAGAUUCCUCUUUCCAAGACACAGAGACUGACUCAUCCGGGGCACCUCUGCUUCAGGUGUAUUGUUAAGGAAAAGGACCCAAGCAGCAGGCAGCAUUCCCAGGCUCUGCUGCUAUCAGUUUUCUCCUCUUUCAAUAUGGAGUGUGCUAUGCCACUUACUUCCCCCCCCCAAGUCCACCCUGAUCCUUUGUUGAAGCCAAAUUUCUCCUGCUCUCUAGAUUUCACUGGAUUUUUAUGUUUUCUUGGACAAUAUAGAACAUCAAGGAAGUGAACUGUGGAGCUAAUGAACCUGGGAGGUGAAACGUGUGCCCAGGGAAGAGAUGAUGGGCAAGGAAGUAUCAAAUAACUUGUGCCUUUGAGAUUUCCAUACUUCAUGUUUAGCUUCAACAACCUCUGUGGCCCAGCCCUGUUCCUCUGCUUUUGAGGAUCUGUUGCACAGUUCUUGCUUUCUGGCAUUGCAGAACUCAGUUUGAGUAGGGAAGAACUGGAUGGUGUCUCUGUGCUUGUGCUGAUCCUGAGUUGAGGACCAAGCACCUGCUCUCCAGGGACCCAAAUCUCUAUUUAAAGUAUCUGGGUGGGUCCCAAAACCAUUUAAGUCCUUUAUCCAUGGUGCUUGCAGAAGCCAGAUCUGCCUUUUUCCCCAUAGACCACCCUUAGCGGUGUCAUCUUCUGCUGCACUGUAUGGGAAGGUUCAGGUAACGUGGUUCAUUUAAUCUCUGGCCUCUUGGCGUGUCUCCUGAGAUAGUGCCAGUCACAGAGGGGUGGGAUGCCUGCACAGACAUCCCUUUUCCCAAGGAGACCAUGGGGAUCAGCUGUGCCAUCACUGCCAGGUGUGGGUUUGACCUGUCACCUCUUCCUCACUCAUCUGCCCAGCCCUCUGCCUGGCAUUCACACUGGCUGCUGCGCCAGCCUUGCACUUGGGGUAUGGCAGCAGAGGGAAAGUUGGUUCAUUUUGAAUGGGUUUUGUAGUUAGGAACAAACAGGGUUGUUUGCCUAUUCUUGCUUUGAGAGAAAAGCAUCCCCUCAGGGGGUCUGCAGGGGGCCGUGAGGGCCUGCCCUUUGGUGCCUUCUCCUGC